AUGUUUAGAAAUACUAUUCUUGCAGGCCUUGGAUGCUCAUGGAUGCAGGACAAUUCCCUGUGUCAUGAUACUGUUCCCAACCAAGGAAGGAGGCCGGGACCAUUACGUUCUGUGUUUCCAACAGCACCUGCGGAAGUUUCCUCCCUGAAGGACCUUUUUGAAUUCAUAUGCUCAGGGCCCCUUGUAAAAAAAUUGGGUCUGACCUCAGAGAUGAUUGCUGAGUCUAUUGACAAGUGGAUAAAGUGUGGUGUACACCUAUGCAGAUUAUUUCAGCUCAAUGAACUGUACCUGACAAUACCUGAGAAAGCUAGGUUUUAUCACUACUAUAUACCAGUCUUCUUGUGGUGUGAACAGAAAAUUUCCCAUCAUAUGUCCAAGUUUAAAGAUGAAGAAGAUGUCCCUCCUUUAGUGAUUGGUUUUAGUGCGCCACAAGGUUCUGGGAAAACAACGCUCGUCUUUGCAUUAGAUUUUCUUUUUCGAGUCUCUGGGAGGAAGUCUGCAACAUUAUCCAUAGAUGAUUUCUACUUAACAGCAGAGGAUCAGGCUAAACUGAGAGAAAGCAAUCCAGGAAAUGCACUUUUAGAGUUGCGUGGAAAUGCUGGAAGCCAUGAUCUUGCAUUGUCUGUUGAAACACUGACAGCUCUAGGCAAAUUGACUAAAGAAGGUCUGAAGAUGAAGCUACCACGGUAUGAUAAAUCCGCAUACGGUGGUAGGGGCGACAGAGCUGAUCACUCCACAUGGCCAGAGGUUGAGGGACCACUAACGGUUGUUCUAUUUGAAGGUUGGAUGCUUGGUUUCAAACCCCUUCCUGUUGAUGUUGUCAACGCUAUUGAUCCACUGCUGGAGACGGUGAAUAAAAAUUUAGAAGCUUAUUAUGAAGCAUGGGACAAGUUUAUAAACGCAUGGAUAGUUAUCAAGAUUAAAGACCCAAAUUGUGUCUACAAGUGGCGAUUGCAGGCUGAGAUUGCCAUGAGAGCAGAUGGGAAGCCUGGGAUGUCUGAUGAUGAGGUUAUGGAUUUCGUUUCACGAUACUUGCCAGCAUACAAGGCUUACCUCCCUACGUUGUACGUAGAAGGACCAAAUGGGUCAGCCCCGGAGCAUGCCCUUGUUAUCGAAAUUGAUGAAGGAAGAAACCCUGUCCAUGAUACUAUUCUUGCAGGCCUUGGAUGCUCAUGGAUGCAGGACAAUUCCCUGUGUCAUGAUACUGUUCCCAACCAAGGAAGGAGGCCGGGACCAUUACGUUCUGUGUUUCCAACAGCACCUGCGGAAGUUUCCUCCCUGAAGGACCUUUUUGAAUUCAUAUGCUCAGGGCCCCUUGUAAAAAAAUUGGGUCUGACCUCAGAGAUGAUUGCUGAGUCUAUUGACAAGUGGAUAAAGUGUGGUGUACACCUAUGCAGAUUAUUUCAGCUCAAUGAACUGUACCUGACAAUACCUGAGAAAGCUAGGUUUUAUCACUACUAUAUACCAGUCUUCUUGUGGUGUGAACAGAAAAUUUCCCAUCAUAUGUCCAAGUUUAAAGAUGAAGAAGAUGUCCCUCCUUUAGUGAUUGGUUUUAGUGCGCCACAAGGUUCUGGGAAAACAACGCUCGUCUUUGCAUUAGAUUUUCUUUUUCGAGUCUCUGGGAGGAAGUCUGCAACAUUAUCCAUAGAUGAUUUCUACUUAACAGCAGAGGAUCAGGCUAAACUGAGAGAAAGCAAUCCAGGAAAUGCACUUUUAGAGUUGCGUGGAAAUGCUGGAAGCCAUGAUCUUGCAUUGUCUGUUGAAACACUGACAGCUCUAGGCAAAUUGACUAAAGAAGGUCUGAAGAUGAAGCUACCACGGUAUGAUAAAUCCGCAUACGGUGGUAGGGGCGACAGAGCUGAUCACUCCACAUGGCCAGAGGUUGAGGGACCACUAACGGUUGUUCUAUUUGAAGGUUGGAUGCUUGGUUUCAAACCCCUUCCUGUUGAUGUUGUCAACGCUAUUGAUCCACUGCUGGAGACGGUGAAUAAAAAUUUAGAAGCUUAUUAUGAAGCAUGGGACAAGUUUAUAAACGCAUGGAUAGUUAUCAAGAUUAAAGACCCAAAUUGUGUCUACAAGUGGCGAUUGCAGGCUGAGAUUGCCAUGAGAGCAGAUGGGAAGCCUGGGAUGUCUGAUGAUGAGGUUAUGGAUUUCGUUUCACGAUACUUGCCAGCAUACAAGGCUUACCUCCCUACGUUGUACGUAGAAGGACCAAAUGGGUCAGCCCCGGAGCAUGCCCUUGUUAUCGAAAUUGAUGAAGGAAGAAACCCUGUCCAUGGUGACUAG